AUGAUUGACAAGAUAUCCGUCAAUGGAGACUCGAGGGUCCGACAUUGCACUGCAGUGUUGAAUGGGACAACUUACGGGUAUCUUCUCAGCCUGCCGGAGGGUGAACAGUACAAAUCUACGGUCUUCCUGAUCCAUGGCUUUCCCGAUCUGUCCAUGGGAUGGCGGUAUCAGAUACCUGCCUUGACAAAGAUGGGUCUUCGAGUCGUUGCUCCCGACUGCAUGGGAUAUGGAAGAACGGAUGCACCAGAAUUCUCAGAAGAAAUGGCCACACGAUAUGGACUUAAACAGUGUGCAGAUGAUAUGAAAGAGCUUGCACGCCAGCUGGGCUCGUCGCAGAUUAUUCUGGGAGGGCACGACUGGGGCGGAUUUGCCAUUUAUCGCAUUGCCCUGUACCAUCCCGGUUUUGUUACGCACCUGUUUUCCAUAUGUACUCCUUACAACCCGCCUUCAAGCAACUUCAUUCCACUCGAGACGAUCGUCAAAACGAAGGUCCCCUAUUUUGGGUAUCAACUGCAGUUCGUCAGUGGGGAUCUGGAGAAGGUGGUCAGGAGCAGAAGUGAUAUCAGGCAAUUUUUGCUGUCGUUGUAUGGUGGAAGGACAUCGUCUGGCGAGUUUGGAUUCGAUGUAUUUAAAGGAGUCCUGCUGGAUAAGUUUCAGCAUCUACAAAACUCGAAGGUCAUAAGUGAAGAGGAACUAAACUACUAUGUUAACGAGUGGGCGAGGCAUGGUAUACACGGCCCCUUAAACUGGUACCGCACCCGCGAGCAAAACUACAGGGAUGAACUAGGUUUACUAGGCGGCUCACUUGACAUCCCUGUCCUCUUCAUCCUUGCAACGCAGGACCAGGCCCUCCGCCCCGCUCUGUCUCGUAACAUGAGUAAAUAUCUACCUAACCUCACCACGCAAGAGGUUAAAGCCGGCCAUUGGGCACACUGGCAAGCGCCAGGGGAGUGUAAUGAGGCCAUCAGAAGAUGGAUGGAAGGUGUCGUUUUCACGGGGAAGAGCAAAUUGUAG